UCCUUAUUGUCUCAGGCUCCCCUGGAAAUGCAGUAAGGAUUCCUAUCACAUCUCAGUUGCCAUGGCAACAGCAGUCUUUCCCAUAAUGAGCUGCAUCAUCUGAACUGAUGUCACAGCAUCAUGCAGCAGGUCACACAAGGCACCUCCUAGUAUUGCAUCCCACAGAUGUGCCGUAAACAUCAAAAGAGGAUGGUUUGAACAGGAGAUGCUGUUUUGGAAAGAAUUAUGGUUUAGAUUUUCCCAUGUUAGCCAUGGAUGUUGCACUCAGCCCCAUGAGAUCACAAGAACUGGAUCCCAUGACUACUGAUGGAUCCCCCAUGAUCAUAAACAUGACUCCCACUGCAGAGCAAGAUGGUGAAGAAGAUGCAGUGAAGGAGCUUGAUUCUGACCAACAGUAUGAAAAGCCUCCCCCUCUCCACACAGGGGCAGACUGGAAGAUUGUUCUCCAUCUGCCUGAAAUUGAAACCUGGCUCCGGAUGACAUCCGAAAGAGUCAGGGAUCUGACCUACUCUGUCCAGCAGGACUCAGACAGCAAACAUGUGGAUGUACAUCUAGUGCAGCUAAAGGAUAUAUGUGAAGAUAUAUCUGAUCACGUUGAACAAAUUCAUGCUCUGUUAGAGACUGAGUUUUCUCUGAAGCUUCUGUCUUACUCCGUCAAUGUGAUAGUCGAUAUACAUACAGUGCAGCUACUCUGGCACCAGCUACGUGUUUCUGUUCUGGUUCUGAGGGAACGCAUCCUACAGGGACUACAGGAUGCCAAUGGAAACUACACCAGGCAGACUGAUAUUCUGCAAGCGUUUUCUGAGGAGACAAAAGAGGACCGUCUUGACUCUUUAACUGAAGUGGAUGACUCAGGACAGUUAACUAUCAAGUGCUCUCAAAAUUACUUGUCCCUGGAUUGUGGUAUUACUGCAUUUGAAUUGUCUGACUACAGCCCUAGUGAGGAUUUGCUUGGUGCCCUAGGUGACAUGACCUCCAGUCAAACUAAUGCAAAACCACUUGAGUCUUGGAACUACAGUGAAAUGGAAAAAGACUUUCCAGAGCUUAUCAAAAGUGUAGGAUUACUUGCAGUAGCAACUGAUUCCAUUGUUUCCAAGUGCAAUGAAGCCAUUAAUGUGAAAGAAACCCAUUUACCUCUUUCAACAGAACAUAAGGGAGAAAGCAAAGACAGCAACACAUUACCUGAGCUUUCACUGUUUUCUCCUUCUGGGAAGUCAUCUCUCUGUACAGGAUCUUGCACGGAAGAUGGCAUCUUAUCAGCUGACAGAAAGCCAGUUUCCAGUUUAGAGAAACAAGAAUACAGUCCAUUGCACAAUCUUGGUGCAAAAAGCAAACAGCGUCCACACUGUGAAAACUCAACUCCCAAGAGGUCAAUAAGAGACUGCUUUAACUACAACGAGGAUUCGCCCACACAGCCUACAUUGCCAAAAAGAGGUCUGUUUUUAAAAGAAGAAGUGUUUAAAGAUGAUAUGGAAGUCAGUGAUGCAAAAAAACCUGUCUCUCUUAGUUUAAAGACUGAAAUGAGUAGAAGUACACCCUCAUUAUUAGAUCCACCAGACAGGUCCAAGCUUUGCUUGGCUUUACAGUCAUCUUACACUAACAGUCUAUCUGCUGUCAGUCAGUCAUAUGAUUGCUUACAUAAAAUAGGUGAUAGAAGCCUUGAGUACACAAUAAACAAUCACUUUAAGGAAAGUUCCAUAAGUCUAGGUAAGUCUAAUUGUUACAUUUGGAAAGAAAAGCCAAGGCACAAAAAAUCACAUGAUACUCCUGAGAAGGUGACAUCAUGCAGGACACCUGUGGGUAUAUCUAACACAGCUUCAGCAAAGCAGGUGAAUAAAAAAGGGAGCUCAGCUCUACAAAAUGGAAUUCCUUCCUGUAACUCUCAGUCUGUGGGAGGUACAAAAACAGAUUCUGCUUCCACAUCAUCAGAUAUCUGUAAUCAGAGAGAACCAAAUGGCCAGUCCCAAAGUAAAAAUGAACAAUGUAGUUCACCAACUCAUAGUCAAGAAAGUGCAUCAUCAACUGACUCAGGACCUGUUAUCUCCUCCUCACCUGUUCUCCCAAGAAAUAGGAGCAAGAAGAGUUACCUAUCAUCACCAAAUUACGAUAAUACAAAUGGUAAAGUUGUUGAGGCCUGGUAUGGUUCCGAUGAAUAUUUAGCACUUCCAUCACACCUCAAACAGAGUGAAGUAUUGGCUUUGAAGUUAGAAAAUUUAACAAAACUACUGCCACAGAAACCCAAAGGAGAUACCAUUCAAAACAUUGAUGACUGGGAGCUGUCAGAAAUGAACUCAGAUUCUGAGAUGUAUCCAACAUAUCAGAUUAAAAAGAAGCACAAAAAAAUGGGUAGGGUUUCACCAAGCUCUUCAAGUGACAUAGUAUCUUCUUUGGGUGACAGCAUUGAAUCUGGGCCUCUGAGUGACAUUCUUUCAGAUGAAGAGCUUUGUGUGCCUGCAUCUUGCAUUAAAAAAUACAUAGAAGACAGGUCAGGAAAGCCUGUAGUGAUUGAGUCCUCUGAGAAAAAUGAGAUCUCUGCCUCAAAUAGAUCGGCUUUAAUUCAACAAUUGAUGCAAGAUAUACAACACCAAGACAAUUAUGAAACUAUAUGGGAAAAAAUUGAGGGGUUUGUAAGCAAGCUGGAUGAAUUCAUUCACUGGUUAAACGAAGCCAUGGAAACGACAGAGAAUUGGACUCCUCCUAAAGCAGAGACAGACAGCCUUAAACUGUACCUUGAGACACACUUGAGUUUUAAGUUGAAUGUAGAUAGCCACUGUGCUUUAAAAGAAGCUGUGGUAGAAGAAGGAUGUCAACUUCUUGAGCUUAUUGUAUCUCACAAAUCAGGACUGAAGGACAUGCUGCAGAUGAUUGCAAGUCAGUGGAAGGAAUUACAGAGGCAAAUCAAACGACAACACAGCUGGAUUCUUAGGGCUCUGGAUAUCAUCAAAGCAGAGAUACUGGCUACUGAUGUGUCUGCAGAGGAUGAGGAAGGGACUGGGAGCCCCAAGGCUGAGGUUCAGCUAUGCUAUCUGGAAGCACAAAGAGAUGCUGUUGAACAGAUGUCCUUAAAGCUGUAUAGUGAACAGUACAACAGUAGUAGCAAGCGAAAGGAAGAGUUUGCUGAUAUGUCAAAAGUUCACACAGUGGGAAGUAAUGGCCUUUUGGACUUUGAUUCAGAAUACCAGGAGCUCUGGGAUUGGCUGAUUGACAUGGAAUCUAUAGUGAUGGACAGGCAUGACCUGAUGAUGUCAGAGGAGCAGCAGCAGCAUCUUUACAAGAGAUAUAAUGUAGAAAUGUCAAUCAGGCACCCGAAAAAGAUGGAACUGCUUAGUAAGGUUGAAGCUUUGAAGAAAAGUGGUGUUUUGCUACCAAAUGAUCUCCUUGAAAAAGUGGAUUCAAUUAAUGAAAAAUGGGAACUGCUUGGGAAAACCCUAGGAGAGAAGAUCCAAGACACAAUGGUAGGGCACAGUGGGUCAGGUCCACGUGACCUGCUCUCACCUGAAAGUGGCAGUCUGGUAAGGCAGCUGGAGGUCAGGAUCAAAGAGCUGAAAGGGUGGCUGAGAGAUACAGAGCUUUUCAUCUUCAAUUCCUGUCUGAGACAAGAAAAUGAAGGAACAAUGACUGCUGAAAAACAACUGCAAUAUUUUAAGUCUCUGUGCUGUGAGAUCAAACAGAGACGUCGUGGAGUAGCCUCUCUGUUGCGAUUAUGCCAGCACCUCCUGGAUGACCAGGAGACCUGUAAUCUGAAUGCAGAUCACCAGUCUAUGCAGCUGAUAAUUGUAAAUCUUGAAAGAAGGUGGGAAGCCAUUGUCAUGCAAGCUGUCCAGUGGCAAACCAGGCUACAAAAGAAGUUGGGAAAAGUCCCGGAGUCCCUGAAUGUUAUUGAUCCUGGUUUGAUGGACCUAAAUGGUCCAAAUGAAGAUGCGUUAGAAUGGGAUGAAACUGAUAUAAGUAAUAAGCUGAUUAGCACUAAUGAAGAAUUAAAUGAACUUGAUCAAGAACAAAAGCAGGAUCAUCCAAAACAGAAAUCUGCUUCAGAAGAAUGCAGUAGUAAAGACUUGAAUCAAGAAGAACAUAUCAGUGAUCAUGAAACUCCUCUGUAUUGUUCCAGCAUUACAUCACCUCCUAGCCCUCACAUUUACCAAGUGUAUAGCCUCCACAAUAUAGAGUUAUCAGGAAAAAAACAUAUACCUUUCUUGAAAAAGACUUCAAACUUCCCCAGUGUAACAAAGUCUAAUAUUUUAAAUAAAAGCCUUAAGGACUCCCCAUUUUCCUCUACCAAAUCUCUGCCAGACCUAAUAGGCAGGACCACUUUGGCAAAACCAUUCAAUUAUAUGUACCAUAGUGGAAAUAUAAGCAGACAUUCUGAGAGUGAAAGCAGAAUAGUUAGUGAAGGUGAUACAGAAACUUCAAACGAUUCUGAAAUCUUUUUGAUAAAUGAUAUUGAAGGAACGGAGAGUAAUCCUGAAAUUGGGCCUCUGGAAGCCCAUAGGAGUGACAGAGUUGAUGUGAUAAAACAAAAAAUUAAACAAGAAGAAGAGGACCAUAUUACACUUUCAAAUAAUUGUCACUCAACUUCUUCUGCAUGUUGUGCAAGUGGAAAAGAGGGAGAUCUAAAUGGUGCUACCCAACAUACCUCUGAUGGUUUGGAAGAAGAAUUACAAGAAAAACAUGAUGUGCUUACAUUUUAUGAUUACUCUUACCUCCAAGGUGCCAAACUCAAAUUGCCAGUGAUGAUGAAACAAUCACAAACUGACAAAGCAUGUACAGAGGGCACUUUACUUCAUGGUUUUUAUUUUGAUAAAAUACCCUGUAAAGCUGAACAUCAAUCUGCAGAGUUACACCCAGAUGAGUUUAUGCAUGAACUUACUUUGGCAAGUGUCUCCAGAGAAUCAGAUUCCACUUCUUGCAAAUCUAUGGAGAGUGCUAGGAAAUUAACUGAUAUACAGAAUGCAAAACAGGUUUCACCUUUAUCUCAUAGCUCUUCAUUAGAAUCUCUUUCUGUGGCUGGUGAUUUGUUUGGCUCAAGUAUUUUUAAAGCUGGCGAUGGUCUUCAGCGAAGCACAUCUUUGGAAAGCUGGUUGACCUCAUACAAAAGCAAUGAAGAUCUUUUUAGUCAUCAUGGCUCAGGAGACAUAAGUGCAAGUAGUGAUUCUGUUGGAGAACUCAGCAAAAGGACAUUAGAUCUCCUGAAUCGUUUAGAGAAUAUCCAGAGCCCUUUAGAUCAAAAGAUAAAGCGCAGCAUUUCCGAUAUCACACUCCAAAAUAGCUCACAAAAAAUGUCAUUAGCGGGACAGUUAGCACUAGAUAUUGCAUCCUCAAUCAACGAAGAUUCAGCUGCUUCUCUCACUGAACUCAGCAGCAGUGAGGACCUUUCUCUUUGUUCUGAGGACAUUGUAUUGCACAGAAAUAAAGUGCCAGAUUCAAAUGCAUCAUUUAGGAAACACCUUAAUCGGCCAGUAGCUGAUGAGAGUGAUGUCAAUGUCAGCAUGAUUGUUAAUGUCUCCUGCUGCACUGAUGAUGAAGAUGACAGUGAUUUGCUUUCAAGUUCUACCCUGACCUUGACAGAGGAGGAGCUGGGCAUCAAAGAUGAAGAUGAUGACUCCAGUAUUGUAACUGAUGAGGAUAUUUAUGAAGAGUGCAAUUUAAUUUCUGGACUUGAUUACAUAAAGAAUGAACUCCAGACUUGGAUUAGACCAAAAUUUUCUUUGACAAGGGAGAAGAGAAGAUGCAACCUCAGUGAAAAAAUUCAGUGCAGUAAAGAUGUAAGUAGCAAUGAGAUAUCAAAAGCAGUAGAUACAUUGAGCACUGAAACACUUUUGAAUGGUUCAGUAUAUAAGCUACCAGAAAAUAAUGGCAACAGUAAACACUUAUCAGAUGGUCAUGAACUGGGGCCAAAAAGUCAGACUAAAAAGGAUAGUUCUCAGGCUGCUAAAGAUCAGUUUGUGGAUGACAUAGAGAAUGGAAAUGUUGAAAAUACUCCAGACAGUCAAAAGGAAGAGCUUAUUAGAACUUCAUCCGCUCCCAAAAAUCUUGGCUUACUUGAUGGUAAGGGACCUGAAAAUGAAAGUUGCGUCUGCGAAGCAUUUACAGAUAGUUCAGAUGAUUCACAUAUGGAUGGUAAAGAGACUGUUCAACCAUCAAAUAUAUCCACAAGUCUUCUACAAGAAUGUCAAAAUCAUCUUCAGUCUGACGAUUAUUGCAUUGCUUAUACUCCCAUUAGAAAGCCUUGUAUGGAGCCUGUGUCCGAAAUGAGAGGUAUAGAUACACAAGAUACUUCUUUACAAAAAUAUUUACCUAAUGAUCAACAAAGCAGAACAAGCACUGUUGAAAAACCUACUGAUUGCUGUGCAGCUUUUGAACCAAAUGAAGCACAGGAGAACACCUCAGCAAGUGGAAGUGAUUCGUGUUGCAACUGUGAAUCUGUUGCUUUCGAUAAAAGGAAUGUGGACGAUUGCUCAGUGCACAGCUUUGUGAUGGAGAUAAUUGACAUGGCAUCAACAGCCUUGAAGAGUAAGUCACAGCCUGAAUGUGAGACAGCCACUCCUACUUCAUUAACACAAAUCAAGGAAAAAGUAAUGGAACAUUCUCACCGGCCCAUACAACUAAGAAAAGGGGAUUUUUAUUCCUAUCUUUCUCUCUCCUCUCAUGAUAGUGACUGUGGGGAGGUAACCAAAUACAUAGAGGAAAAGAGCAGUACUCCAGUGCCACUGGACUUUGCAGAUGAGAGAGAAAACAUUGAAUGUUUUUUUGAGGCUUGUCCCGAGGAAGAGCGAGUUGAGCAGCAACCACAUUUCUCUUACACUAGCCCUGAAGGAUCUCUGGCUUCAGGCAAAGUCCCAGAAUUAUUGGCUGAACCUAAAACUUCUGCUAAAUGUAGUAGCUUUUCUUUCUUAAGUAAUGACAUUGAUGUAAAUGUGCCCAAUCCUGCCAACCAAAAGAUAUCAAACAAUUUAAAAAAUAUUAUUGAUGAUUCACUGACUUUGGACAGCCCUAAUGAAGGCUUGGACAUGAAUUCUCUGAAGUUUAGCACUAAAAAAAGAAGUACAGGAAAGUCACUUGGAACUGCAAAGUCUAAAGGAAGUACUGCUGCUUCUGCAAAGGCUUCAGCUAUAGGUUUUCAAUUAAAGCCAGACCACUGGAAAGAUAAGGAUGUAUUGCACCAGGACGAUAAAACACUUACUUGUGAAGAAAAACUCCUGAAUCUUCACACUGAGAGGCACAUAAAUAUGCACAGAUAGAAUGUAACCCUCCCGCGCACAUACAUUAUCUCAUAAACAGAAACUUGGCUGCAGUUCAGGUGCAGGUUCAUCCUGUUAACCAUGGGAUGACCUCCAAUGCCAUUGCAUCAUUCACUGCCUCUCGUUACACUGACUCCCAAGAUAAAUUUUCUUUCCAAAUGUGAUUUGUCCAUGUUUGUUUUCUGAUCAGGCUACAUAUGCUGGUCCUAAUUCAGUAAUCAUUUUGUAGUAUAGCAAAGCCAUUUGCUUUCAUGUGGAUUCCCCUCCCAAGCUACCUCUAACUACCUACCCUUCCUAAACUGAAUGCUUCUGUAGUAAGUGAGCUGUAGCUCACAAAAGCUUAUGCUCAAAUAAAUUUGUUAGUCUCUAAGGUGCCACAAGUCCUCCUUUUCUUUCUGUAGUACUUAUCACCCAUUACAUUCUUUAAAGUUUUGCAAUUCCACAAAUUCAUCAUGAUCAGUCUGAUUCGUCUUUACAGAGCUGUACCGGUCAGUACUCUCUUAUUUCAUGUAUCAAAUUUAAUAUAUAUGUAUAAUGCAUAUAAAAUAUAUAUAUGUAUAAUGCAUAUGUUUGUUGAAACUAGUUUGUGUUUAAAAUUACAAUUUUAUUUGAUUGCAGCAAAAGGAAAAGUCAUUAGUCCUCCUAAUUCAAUACAUCUAAAAGUUAAGCAAUUAAAAUCAAUGCCAUUUAUUUCAUUUUAAAAUUUAAUCUAUGCAACACUUCAAGAAACAACUACAUGGUGUUGUGUAUUAGGAACUGUUGACAUUCUACUGAAUUCAGUACAACAUUUUGGGGUUUUAUGCUUCUUGAGGUGGUAAAGGGAAAAAAGUUUUUUAAAAAAGUGUGCCUUGCUGUAUUUCUUAUACCAUUUAUUAAAAAGCUGCUUUCAGAGUAAAAUUAUGUUGGUUUCAAAGGAGGAAAUAGCAAGGUUAAGAUGUGUGAAUAAUUUCUGUAUAUAUGUAUAACCAAGUACAAACAUUGAUGUAUCAUGACAGUAUAAAAUGCUUUCAUGUUUGUGAUGUCCAGUGAUUUUGAACAUAUAAGCCUUAAAAUCAUUAGAUUGCAUGAUAAUUAGAAUUGGCAUAAUAAACAUCAUUUAUUGGGGGAAAAAAGCAAAAUUGGUUAUCUGUUUUACCCAUGUUUGAAGAAAAAAAUACUGCAUCAAAAUGCAGAAAAGGUAUCGUUUGCAAUAUUUCAUAGAGUCUAGAGUUUCCAUAUCAGUUAAGAGGUUUGGGCUACAUGGCUCCAAAGUAAAGAUCAUCAGACUAAGGAGU